GUCAACCUGUAAGCACAUGUCUGCACACCACCGCCGCUGAGGUAGCGUCAGCAGUUCACCAUUAUGCUUUGUGCUUUGAGCUCUAGAUAGGAAUACAAAGGUUGGCAGUCUGCAGGCGCCGGCGUGGGUAUGCGGUACAGUGACCUUCACGCUGACCUUACAUCCCCGAACCCUUUUCGUUCGCCCGUCAAGGCAAUAUUUUGCAUGUCCUGCAAGUUUUGCAUGUCCUGCAAGUUGCGGGCGGCACAGUCGGUCACAUAAGGGUCGACGAAGGGUCGCUAACUUGUCCCACAGAGAUUGUCGAUAGCGUGAAUGAGAGCGACACAGCUUCUGCUUCUUUGGACUGGACUUGCGACAGCCCGGAUUGGGGUCGUUUGGAUCUGUUUCGGUGACUUGUCCGAUGUCAGCAUCCGACCUUUUUGAUGUCAAGGCCGCCAGAAUUGCUGCAAUCAGCACCGUGCUUACAACCUCACCCGCUUGCACUUACGUCGAGGCAGGCAGCCCACCGCUCGCCUUCGUUUCUUCCUUCUUGCCCAUAUUGAGCGCCAUGGCAACUCCUUGCGUCCGCGCAUCCCCUUCUGCUGGCGCUCUCCGCUCAGGGCGCGCUGCCCGCGCUGCGCUGCGGCCCGUGGCUGUGGCCGUGCCUCGUAAGCGCCUCGCUGCGCCGCUGUCCAGCGCCGCAACCGCGUCGGCGGUGACAGCGACUGAGCAGGCAGUCGGCGAGGUCGCGAUCGCAAACGGGGUGCACAUCCUCACCGCCGACACGUACCACGGCUUCCUGGAGAAGAAUGCUGAGAAGCUUGUGGUUACGGACUUCUAUGCCGUCUGGUGCGGCCCCUGUAAGGUCAUUGCGCCGGAGAUCGAGCGCCUGGCUAAUGAGAUGGACGCAAGCCAGGUUGUGUUUGCCAAGAUGGACUGCGGUGCCACCAACGAGUCCAAGAAGCUGGCCAUGGCCCUAAACAUCAAGGCGCUGCCCACCUUCCACCUCUACCGCAACAGCAAGCAGAUUGACAGCAUGACAGGCGCCAAGAUCAAGGCGCUGACCGACCUGAUCGGCAAGCACCUCUAAACGCGCCCCCAUCCGGCAGCGGGUGAGCCGGUCGCAUCAUGGUGCCUGCGAUUUUUGGCCGCGGCUGGCGUUCCCUUUCUUCGGGUUGGUUGUAGUAGCACGACUACCUAAUGCGCAUGAACACAGCACACCACAGCAACACAGCACGCUGCGCGGCAACAUGCCAGCCGAAAAAGGAGAGAAGAGAACAAGAGCGGUUUUGGUAUUUCAACUUCUGUUUGUUUCGUGCCGAAAGGAUUACGCGAGCGGCAGGUGUAAAUCGGCAAUGCACCUGGAGGAGGGACGGCAGUUUUGAUGAGAAGCAAACGUCGGUGGAUGAAGCCGUUUGGUGCGGGUUUUGCGGGACCUAGUCUAUGGAGCCUCUGGAGCAUGCCGGUUAAGGGCUCGACAUGGCUUGGUCAGAGAUGCACAGGGGAAGAAUUGGGGCAUGGUGAUAGUAUCGUUGUGUAGAGGCGCACCAAGAUGGCUGCAGGCAAUUAUCAAGUUGUUGCAGUGCUGCAGAGGUUCGCCUGCAUACACGUGGUGAACGUGAUAGGUAGUGUGUGGUUUGCGGUGUGAUGUGUGUGUGUGAACCUCUCCUUGUUGAGGUGUGGUGGGUGCACGGAAUCCCUGUUGCAGGCCAGCCAUAUCCAGCUGGUCCAACACUGCCGGAAGAAGGCGGGUCAUUGAGAGUCGCAUAGCAUAUUAUUUCGUUUAGGUGGAUGUCGUGCCUCACGUGCGUGCCAAUAGCGCCGCAUGGGCAUCGGUCAUCGGGUCAUUGGUGAGCAAGGGGGUGUUGGGCACAGGAGUUGUGGCCGCCGCUGGGUGCUGGACAAGGAGCGCCCACCGCAUGGCGAAAGACUUGGCGGUGGGCGUUUGUCCCAGACCUUCUUUCCUGGUAUACGCGCGUGCGGUAUUACACACGGACACGGCAGGACUGCGUUGCGUGUUGGGUGAUACCAGGCUCGUGUACCAAUACACACAAUUGUAUACUUGGGCUGGGGAUGAAUGGGUCCCGGGCUGGUGGCUGCGUUGCGUUGAUUGAGGCGGUGCGGUAGGAGGUCCGAUGCGCGGCAGAGGAGUUGCCAAGUUGUCCCUAGUUUGGUCGAGACGGCAGAGGCGGCAGGGCGGAGUGCGCUGACUGACAUGGCAACACAUGGGCCGGCACGGCUUGAGCGGUUGCCAUGCGCGAUAAAUAAAGGACCCAAUAAAGCCAUCCAUGCUAUUGAUGAAGCCGGCUUGGGACUGUAAUAGUUUGUUCCG